AUGUCAUCCAACCACGGCAUUAGCCCCGCUGAGCCCCUCCCCCUUACUACCUGGAUCCAGGAUAGAAUAUCGGCGCUAUACCAGGCCACCACCGAGGCAGCGUUUAAUGAAGCCUUCGAUGUUCUACUCCACCAAGAUGCCCAGAUCUACGUGAACGGUGCGCGCCUUACUCGCGUCGAGUAUAAGCGACAAGUGCAAGAGCAGAAGCUCGUCGAGCACUCUGCCACCUUAACUUUCUCCAACGCGGUGCAAGUGCAGGGCAAGUCUGUCGACUUAAACGAGACCGGCAGUGUCGGUGUUUUCUACAAGGCUACCAUCUACGAGAAUGCUCUGGUAGGAGCGGGGCGUAUGACGAAUAUCAUUACCUCCUCGCUGAAUGCCAUGUGA